AUGAACGCUUACGGCGCCCCUGAAGUGACUCCUGACGCUAGGGCAGAGACAGUCGUUGGUGCGUUUGUCAGUCCGGCGGAGGAGUAUCGGGGGGCUAGCGCGAGACCAAAACACCAGCCUCAAUAUCUCUGCUUCACCACUGACGAGCGCCGCCCACCCCGCCCUCACCCCGUCUCCAGAAUUACUCUCUAUCCGGAGCACUCCAUCUCCAAAGGCCUCCUCAUCAAUACCUUCCCCGUCGUACCCGCACACGACAAGCAAAUCCAAGCCAACAUGGACAUCCAGCAAGCGCGGCAGCCAGACCCGAGCUUCGCUCGUACAACAGCGCUCAUGGUCAGCAUAUUCUCCAUGACCACAGAAGCGGUCGAUCAGCGCAAGCUUCUGAGCGCGAGGGAAGUGGGCGGUCAGCUACAUCUGCGCUUCCGCCUCAAAUGGGAUAUCAGUCCCGGAAUUCUCGCUCGAGAGCGAAGGUCCGUGACAGACGAGAGCUUCAAAGCAUUCAAGUCGCACAACUACUGCGUCUUUGCGUGCAAGCUCCUAGCGGGUCUUUUGGCUUGGCUAGUCGAGGAACUACGCCUUCCAAUCGAUGUCGAAGAGGUGGAGAUACACGGGGUUUACGAGAUCAAACCCGUCGUCUGUAUCGAGAGCUCGACCGGCAGGAGAAGGCGGAUCGCCCAAAAACACACGGUGUUCAAAAUCACCUCCCCCAACGAUCACGGAGAGGGCGUCUACAUCGACCCGUCAGCGCCCCAGUACCUACGACCCGCGGGCGUAUACCCCGUCAGGGGAUACCCUGCAUACCCGGACGAGGAAGUGAGAGUGCCGAUAGAGUUCUUCUCUUUGGGAUACAAUUACUCCCGACACCUCAACAGCGUUCACGAGAACGAAGCCAGUUCGUUACGUUCCCGCACCCUGCGCAUAGAAUUCCGAACCGAAGCGAUCGUGCGAACGGUCAACAAUCGGGUAUAUCAGAAGAUGACUGGCUGCGCAUGGAAAGACGUCAUCAGGAGCGGCAAUGAUGACAAGUGGGGUGCUCUGGAGCAUGAUAUCCUGAGCUCCGUCAAGACGGAUCUCGACGUCCUGGCGAGCUACCUCGACAACAAGUACAUCCCGGGCAAUCUCGACAGGAACACACACUGGAAAGCCCUGGCUAAAUCCUGCAUGGGUACCGGUCAUGCGAAGGUCAUGGAGUCUUUGGAGCGAGCGUCGGGACUCGAGGUGACGAGGCAUCAAAUUUCUUAG